UCCCACUUUUGAGGACUAUAAAACGGGUCCAAAGCAGGUGUUUGAAUUGCAGGCAGCUCAUUCUAAUCUUUGCAUCCAUGGCGUCUUUGCAAUGCAACAAACCGGCUGAGCGCAGCCACCACCAGAGGCACGACCAAUGCCAUCAGGAACACCAACAACAACACCAACACCAUCACGGCCACGGUCCGGCGUGGGGUCACGGCCACGGUCCGUCGGGGGGUCACGGCUGCGGUCCGGCGGGGGGUCACGGCCACGGUCCGGCGUGGGGUCACGGCCACGGUCCGUCGGGGGGUCACGGCUGCGGUCCGGCGGGGGGUCACGGCCACGGUCCGGCGUGGGGUCACGGCCACGGUCCGUCGGGGGGUCACGGCUGCGGUCCGGCGGGGGGUCACGGCCACGGUCCGGCGUGGGGUCACGGCCACGGUCCGUCGGGGGGUCACGGCUGCGGUCCGGCGGGGGGUCACGGCCACGGUCCGGCGUGGGGUCACGGCCACGGUCCGUCGGGGGGUCACGGCUGCGGUCCGGCGGGGGGUCACGGCCACGGUCCGGCGUGGGGUCACGGCCACGGUCCGUCGGGGGGUCACGGCUGCGGUCCGGCGGGGGGUCACGGCCACGGUCCGGCGUGGGGUCACGGCCACGGUCCGUCGGGGGGUCACGGCUGCGGUCCGGCGGGGGGUCACGGCCACGGUCCGGCGUGGGGUCACGGCCACGGUCCGUCGGGGGGUCACGGCUGCGGUCCGGCGGGGGGUCACGGCCACGGUCCGGCGUGGGGUCACGGCCACGGUCCGUCGGGGGGUCACGGCUGCGGUCCGGCGGGGGGUCACGGCCACGGUCCGGCGUGGGGUCACGGCCACGGUCCGUCGGGGGGUCACGGCUGCGGUCCGGCGGGGGGUCACGGCCACGGUCCGGCGUGGGGUCACGGCCACGGUCCGUCGGGGGGUCACGGCUGCGGUCCGGCGGGGGGUCACGGCCACGGUCCGGCGUGGGGUCACGGCCACGGUCCGUCGGGGGGUCACGGCUGCGGUCCGGCGGGGGGUCACGGCCACGGUCCGGCGUGGGGUCACGGCCACGGUCCGUCGGGGGGUCACGGCUGCGGUCCGGCGGGGGGUCACGGCCACGGUCCGGCGUGGGGUCACGGCCACGGUCCGUCGGGGGGUCACGGCUGCGGUCCGGCGGGGGGUCACGGCCACGGUCCGGCGUGGGGUCACGGCCACGGUCCGUCGGGGGGUCACGGCUGCGGUCCGGCGGGGGGUCACGGCCACGGUCCGGCGUGGGGUCACGGCCACGGUCCGUCGGGAGGUCACGGCCACGGUCCGUCGGGGGGUCACGGCUGCGGUCCGGCGGGGGGUCACGGGCACGGGCACGGUCCGGCGGGGGGUCAUGACCACGGUCAGGCGGGGGGUCACGGGCACGGUCCUGCGGGGGGGCACGGCCACUGCAUGCCAGCCAAUCCCAAUAUCGGACACUGCCAGCCAGCCAAUCCCAACGUCGGCCACUGCCAGCCAGCCAGUCCCAAUGUCGGCCACUGCAAGGCUGGAGGGUCGAGGAAGAAGGGACAUCACAAAAAUAAAGAAGGGGGCUUCUUGAAUAAGAUCAAGGAUGCCUUCUCUGACCACAGCGACAACAGUGACAGUGACGACGAUUGUCGCAGAGGUCGGCACUAA